AUCACAUCCAACCAGUCUUUCAACUACUCAAUAAACCGGAGCUGAAAUAAUUUGGUUUCCUCGUUGGUUUGGAUAAUUGCAGAAACUGGACCGGAAUUAUGGGCUUGCAGGCGAUCCAUUUGACUGCAGUCUCUCCUCUUGUGGUUUCUCCCCCUUCCAAAAAUUUUAAACAAGCUAAAGGAUGGGCUAUGCCAUCCUCAACAUUAUUCUUACAAAAUCCGGGCAAGCAAAAAUACAAUAUAGCCAUCAGAGCAAAGUUAAGCAACGGAAUGGCGAAUUGGGUGCAAGUCAAUCGGUCAGUUUUGGCAAAUGCUGUCGUGGUGGGGGCGUUGAGUCUCUCAAUUUCUAUUUGCGGGCUUGGAAAGGCAACUGCGAAGGAAGGAGUGAACAAACCUGAGAUGCUUCCUAAGGAAUUUACGCCACUUAUUGAUGUGGCUGGAUAUUUGUCGCCAAGUCAGGAAAGUAGGAUGAUAGAGGCAAUCUAUAAUCUUGAAAAGGAUACAGGCUUCAAGCUUAGAGUUCUGGCUCAAAAUUAUCCUGAAACCCCAGGAUUAGCUGUCAGAGACUUUUGGCAGGUUGAUGAUAACACAAUAGUAUUUGUUGCAGAUCCUACAUUUGGCAACAUAUUGAAUUUUAAUGUUGGGGCAUCAGUUGAUUUGGACAUUCCUCGCAGCUUUUGGAGCCGGUUGGCUGGAAAAUAUGGGAACAUUUUUUAUUGGAGAGAAAAUGGAGAGGAUGCAUCCAUAGAAGCUGCAGUUUCAGCAAUCAACAGUUGCUUGAGGGAACCUCUAGGUCCAAAUGCCUGCUCUGAGAUCAAGUAAAGCUGGCACUGAGUGAUUACUUUGGUACUCAAGGAACGAUAGUGCUUGGGAAGCUCUCAUUAGUGGGCUUGAUUGGGUUUGCAUGCCAAAAAAUUCACCAAAUUGUAAGGCCUGUCCAAAGAUGCACUUCAAUCAUAAGCAUUUUCUUUUUCACUUAUUCCUUUCCCAACAAAAUUCACAUUUAGUGGAAUUUGCAGUACUUGUUUCUUUCUUUUCUUGUUAUAUAAGCUAUAUUAAUUUGUGUUU